UUCUUUCAUCUUAUUAUUCAUAUUUAGAGAGUCUUGGUUUCUUUAGGCUAGUGCUUGGCACUAUUUGGUGUUUUCUUUACAAGAUAUGUGUUAUAUCAAAAGAUGCUUGUAAGCAUCUUGUUUGUUUUAGUAGGAGUCGUAACUUUUGGUUUAGAACACAUAUAACAAGACACAACUCUUCGUUCGUGUUGUUUGAAAAAGUAUUUAAACACAAGUUCUUCUUCUCUGUAAAAACAAGUUUUUCAUAAUCAAUAAUAAAACACAAGUUUUUCUUAUACGGUACUCUGUUUUUCAUUCUACAAAACAGAGCAACAAGUAAACACUUGUUUUGCUUUUUGAGAAAGAAGCUUGCGCUUAUAACAUCCUCACCCUCCAUAUUUUCCAAACAAUCCAUGGUGGAAGUACCAGUCAUAUUAUGGAUCAGGAAUACUGUUUUGACAUUGUCUUCUAAUUCAUCUGGAGCUUGAUCAAACUGAGUAAAUAUGAUUGAUUGUCUCUUCCGUCAAGCAACAUCUUUGGCAGGUUGUAUUUAGCUCAACUCCUCUUGUAUUUAAUCUGUCUGCCGUUGCAAGGGAGCCAAGGGUCUUGCCAAACAUUUGUAUAUUUUCCAAUCCCAGUUGUACUCGCAGUCCUUUGCAAAGUUCAAACAAAUCCUCAGAGGUCGGUUUUAUCCUAACGAAAAUACUCCGACAACGGUAUCUCCUAGUUUCAAAAUGGAAUCUUGCACACACACUGUUUUGGAAACCGGAGGAUCUACAACCUGUAUAUGGCUAAUUUUUGUUUUCCUAACAUACUUGUUGGGCUUAGCGACUCAUAUGAUACGUAACGCGAUGGGAAUGACAAGAGCGAGAGACGGCCAACUUGAGCUGGAAAAAAGGUUUGAGAAAGGGACGUGA